AUUUAUUAACAUUGAAUUCAUGGUGAAUGUUUUUAUUCAUAAAAGUAGAAGAAAAAAGUUUAUUGUUGAAAAAGCAGUGACACUUCUAAAGUGACUGUAGGAAUUAAAAUCUUUGUUUAAAAUGAUCAUGAAAAGAAAUUCAAACAAUUUUUAUCUACCUUUAGGGGUUGUAUAGAUCAACUAAGUCAACCGGUUUCAACAAGAUAUUCUACAAAAUGGCUACAGGUGGAGAAAUAGAUACGGAUAUUCUUUCUGAUGAAAUAUUUGAUGUAUUAUGCUCAAUGUGUAAAAAUCGAGGUAUAAACACAGAAGGUGAAAAUUUCUGCAUAGACUGCCAUGAUUAUUUCUGUAUAAAUUGUGUUAAAGUUCACAAUCAAGUGCCUGUAUUAGCUAGUCACAAGGUGUUGGAUAAAUCUCAAGUUAAGUUAGGAACCAGUAAAGCUCUACCGAGGGCACCAGCAGAGAGAUGUGACAGACACAGUCAUAAACACAUUGAUAUGUACUGUCAGAAUCAUGAUAAUGUUGGCUGUACUACAUGUAUGGCAAUUGAUCACAGAUCAUGUAAGGAUAUAUUCUAUAUACCAGAAUUCAUCCAAAACAAAUUUUACCAAGUGGCCUCAAGAGAAAUUCAAACAAAGCUGAAGUCAUUAGCCAAGAUCCUUGCUGUACAAGCUAACAAACUUCAACAGGAUAAACAAAGUCUUCUUAAAAGAAAGGCUGAGUUACUGGAUGAUAUCAGAAAAUUCCGACAAGAAAUUAAUGACCAACUUGACAAGCUGGAGAAAUGUUCUGUAGAUGAGAUAGAAAAUAAAUUCAAACUUCUUGAAGACAAGAUUGAAGAAGGUCUCCAAAAUCUGCAAGCACACAAAUCAAUGGUUACAUCAGCUAAUGAUAAAUUAGCAUCUCCAAACCCAAAUCAAGUUGAAUUGUUUGUUCAUGUAAAAAUGGGGGAAGAUGCUGAAAAUGUUGCCAACAAAUUUAUAAAAGAUACCAAAAAGAAGAUUACAGUAAGUGACAUAGAGUUUCAACCUGACAGAAAACUCCUUCAAUGCCUGAAGCAAAACAAAACAAUUGGCAUGCUAACAGAGAAAACUAUAGAGACAGCUGACAAUUUACUUAAGAUAACAGGAGGACAAUCAUACUUUAUCAAAGUUAAAUCUAAUGAAAAUACAUGUUCUAUCACCAAUGCCUGCUAUAUGGAAAAUGACACAAUAAUCCUAGCUGACUUCACCAACAACAAGCUUAAACGGUUAGAUAGUCACAAUUAUACCAUCUCAGAUUGCUAUAAUCUACCUGGAUAUCCAUGGCAAAUAUGUAAAAUUAAUGAAACAGAAGUAGCAGUAACAUUAUACACCAAACAGGAAAUUCAUUUUAUUUCUGUAGACAGAAAAAUGAGAACAACAGACAAGAUUAAAACUGAUUUUGACUGUCUUGGUCUUGCAUAUGCAAACAAUGAUUUAUAUAUUUCAGAUGACACAUCGGUCUAUAUCUACACAAUGACUGGUAGGAAACUUAAACAGUUUAGUACUGACCAGUCAGGACAUGAACUGUUCUCUGACAUAGUCAGUCUAGCUGUCAGUAAGGAUGCUACACGGAUUUAUGUUGCUGAUGGUGAUAAAGGACUGAUAGUACUGGACAACAAUGGUCAGAUUGUUACAACAUUUAAUGGUAAACAAUUACAGGGGGCUAUUUAUUGUCAUCUCACUGAAGCAGGAAGUGUGCUGGUAUCUGGAAAUAGUUUAAAUAAUGUAUUACAGUUUACAUCUGAUGGUGAGCUGAUAGGAGAAAUCAUCAAAGCUGACAGUGGAAAACAAGGAAUAAACUCAGUUUGUUGUAAUCAACAAAUGUCUAAGAUGUGUAUAAGUAGAGAAGAUGAAGACAAUAUUGAGGUGUAUGAUAUCUGAUCAGUUAAAGGGUAUAAAGCUACUAUAUCUUAUGAAAUAUUUCUAUAAAAUUCAUCAACAGCAAAAUUAUAUUGUUUCCACUUUCUUAUGAUCGAUUCUUGACAUAAUAUAAAAUGUCUCUGUUAUCUAAAACACAUGAAUAUUGUAUGAAUAUUCUUUAAAAAUUCAAACAAAUGUUUCGCAGCAGAUAUAUAGCUUUAUACACUUUAAGCAAAUGAAUACAAACAACCAUAAUUUAUAAUCAUGGUAUGAAUCAAAGGUUAUUGUAAUAUAAAUGGUAAACAAAGUGUGACUGAUGUUGAAAUUGUUAUUGAAUUGGGACUGGUAAUUGUCAUAAAAUAUUAGAAUGAAGCUACCACAUUAAACAGGACAAUCAUGAAAAAAUAGUAACAUGGAUAUAUACAAUGUAAGUGUAAGUGAAGUGCAAAAUAUUUGUUAUUUUGCUCAAACAUUCUUUAUAUACAACUAUGUACAAGUUACCAAGGUGAUUUGAGAGUGUGACUUUAUAUUAUAAAAUGGACAUACAUUUAUAAGUGAAUAACAUUUUUAUAUUGUAUAUAUUAUACAUGAACAUAAUUCAUAACAUAAACAUAAAGUGAAUUACAGUUUUUUUCAUAUUUUCAAAGAUACUUUGUUUAUCCUAUACAAGUUACCCAAGUACAUUAUAGGAAUAUGCUUUAGAUGAUGUAAUGAAGCAUUUUGAUAGAAUUCUAUAAUAUGUAUCCACAUACAUGUAUUUCAUUGUUCAAAGUUUUAUAUUAUGCAUCGUAAAUAUUAUAUAUAUGUACUAACAAUAUACUAUUAUGUACUUUACAUGGAACCACAUUUGUAUAAUGGCAAAUCAAUUUUCAACAUGUAUUUAUUUUUAUACACAAUUUCUUGAUUUUUAAUGCUUUGUAUGAAAUUAAUUAAAUGGUAUACAUACUGCUUGUAUGUAAAUCAUGUUGCAAGACAAAAAUCUGUAUAGUAGUAGAUGUUUAUCUUUUUUGCACAAAAAAAUUUACUCAAUAAACAUAUUGUCUGAAACAAUCUUAA